ACAGGCACGUCCCUGUCCCCCUCUGAGUGCCCUCAGUGAGCAGGCCAUCCGCUUGGCUGUGCCGCCUGGAAUUUCAUCACCGCAGCACUGCGUCACAGACACCUCGGCUGAGGCGCCACCCUUAGUGGGAGGACGGCUAGAGCCAGGCAGGACACAGGGGAUCUUCCAAUUCCUCCCCCUGCUCUUGCCUGCCUGAGCUGCUGCUGACUUCUCAGUUGCUGAACCGAGACUGUGUAAAGUGUCUCUGGCGUGUGGAGCUGUGGCCAGGGCCCCUACCACUCAGCUGGGAGACCCAAGACUGUACUGUGUCCGAGGUACCUCCUGCAUGUCCUGCUGCCCUGAGCUGUCCCAAGCUAGGUGACAGCGUGUCAACGCUGCCGCCAUGAAUGAGGUGUCUGUCAUCAAGGAAGGCUGGCUUCACAAGCGUGGUGAAUACAUCAAGACUUGGAGGCCCCGGUACUUCCUUCUGAAGAGUGAUGGAUCUUUCAUUGGAUAUAAGGAGAGGCCCGAGGCCCCUGACCAGACCUUACCCCCCCUCAACAAUUUCUCUGUAGCAGAGUGCCAGCUGAUGAAGACGGAGAGGCCACGGCCCAACACCUUCGUCAUCCGCUGCCUGCAGUGGACCACAGUCAUCGAGAGGACCUUCCAUGUAGACUCUCCGGACGAGAGGGAAGAGUGGAUGCGGGCUAUCCAGAUGGUCGCCAACAGUCUGAAGCAGCAGGGCCCAGGUGAGGAUGCCAUGGAGUACAAGUGUGGCUCCCCCAGUGACUCUUCCACGUCUGAGAUGAUGGAGGUGGCUGUUAACAAGGCCCGGGCCAAAGUGACCAUGAAUGACUUCGACUAUCUCAAACUCCUCGGCAAGGGCACCUUCGGCAAAGUCAUCCUAGUGCGGGAGAAGGCCACAGGCCGCUAUUAUGCCAUGAAGAUCCUACGGAAGGAGGUCAUCAUUGCCAAGGAUGAAGUCGCCCACACGGUCACUGAGAGCCGAGUCCUGCAGAAUACCAGGCACCCCUUCCUUACUGCCCUGAAGUAUGCCUUCCAGACCCAUGACCGCCUGUGCUUCGUGAUGGAGUACGCCAACGGGGGCGAGCUCUUCUUCCACCUGUCUCGGGAGCGAGUCUUCACCGAGGACCGGGCGCGCUUCUAUGGCGCAGAGAUAGUGUCGGCCCUCGAGUAUUUGCACUCAAGGGAUGUGGUGUACCGUGACAUCAAGCUGGAAAAUCUUAUGCUGGACAAGGAUGGCCACAUCAAGAUCACUGACUUUGGCUUAUGCAAAGAGGGCAUCAGUGACGGGGCCACCAUGAAAACCUUCUGUGGUACCCCAGAGUACUUGGCUCCUGAGGUGCUGGAGGACAAUGACUACGGCCGCGCAGUGGACUGGUGGGGGCUGGGCGUGGUCAUGUAUGAGAUGAUGUGUGGCCGCCUGCCCUUCUACAACCAGGACCACGAGCGCCUGUUCGAGCUCAUCCUCAUGGAGGAGAUCCGCUUUCCACGCACGCUCGGCCCGGAGGCCAAGUCCCUGCUGGCUGGGCUGCUCAAGAAGGACCCCAAGCAGAGGCUUGGUGGAGGUCCCAGUGAUGCCAAGGAGGUCAUGGAGCACAGGUUCUUCCUCAGCAUCAAUUGGCAGGAUGUGGUACAGAAAAAGCUCCUGCCACCCUUCAAACCUCAGGUCACUUCCGAAGUAGACACAAGGUACUUUGAUGACGAGUUCACGGCCCAGUCCAUCACAAUCACACCCCCAGACCGCUAUGACAGCCUGGGCUCGCUGGAGCUGGACCAGCGGACGCACUUCCCCCAGUUCUCCUACUCAGCCAGCAUCCGGGAGUGAGCAGCGCUCUGCCACCACAGGACACGAGUGUGGCCAUCACCCACUGCCUGGGUGGCUUUUUAAAGAAAACUUUAUUUUGCCUUUUGGUUUGUGUUCCCUUCCCUGUCCCCCUCAUCCCAUAUCCAGUUUCUUCAGUUCUUGCCCAAACUUAGCGGUCCUGACAGCCCUCUCCUCUGGCUUCCCCUCUGUGCCCAGAUAAGUGCUGGGACCUGCCCAAGGGUGGGCUGUUGGGAGGAUGGAGGGUGAGGUCAUUAAUCACCAGCCUCCAAGAGGGCCAAGUGGGGAGCCAGAGGGUCACCUGGAUUUGGGAGCAAGCCAGCAGAGGCCACAUCUGGAAGAAGCCCCCUGCCCCCAGCACCCUAGCUGCCUUCCAUGCUGUUAUCUGGGCAGUUUAUCUGCUGCCGUCCCACCUGGGGCAGGAAAGCAGUGAUGUCCAGGGGCAGACAGAGGCCUUUGGAAGCUGAGUGAUCUGGGCUUGGUUUCAUGGGAAAUGGAGCCAAGUCCUUGGACCUUCGUGGGGGCAGCCAGGACCAGGAGCUGCCUCCUGAACCUGCCUUUUCUUCCAAAACUGCUCUCUUGAUUUCUGGAUAAAGCAGGAGGACAUUUGGGGGCAGCCCUCCUGCCCACAGCCCCGUGCCUUACCAGGGUUUCCUUCUAGCCAGCCUUGCCUCCCGCUGGACCCUAGCCCCUUUGGACGGCUCCAUUCUCUGCCUGGGGCAGAGGGAAGCCAACCUUGGCUGUUACACAUCUCACACCGAGACAGUAUUGGGCCCCUUGGAUUUGCCCGGGGUCUGAGAGGGGACAGAGAUGGGGACAGGUGUCUCUGGUUCUCACUGUGGGGUGGGGCCACCUCAUCUCCAGGGCCCCUGCUCUGGAGCCUUAAAGUGAAUGUGCGAGUGCGAGUUUGUCGGCGCUGUGGAUGCCAGUAGCCCCCUGCCCUGGCAGUGAGCAUCUCGGGCUCUUGGGGUGCAGGUGCCCGCAGCUGUAUGCAGCAUGGAUGUGAACGGCUCAGGCCUCAACCCCAGCCUGAGCCUCUGAUUCCGCUGGGGCCAUGUCUCCCCUCCUCGUAUCUCUGGGUAUUUGGAAUUGAAGUUUUCCUGGGUUUACUCUUCCACUGCAACACCCCAGACGAGGCUAAUUUGAGAAAGGCGGUAGGAUGGGGUGGGCAGGGGUGCUGUGGGGUCCUCUCUUUUUUCCUUUUUGUGUGUGUGUUUAUCUGACGGUUGUCCCGCAUCCCUACUGGCCUUUCCUUAUUCCUCGUAUUUGUACGGUACAAGCAAUAAAGACACUCAUUUCAGACCCGG